AUGUACGCGGGUGGUUGGCGAUUGCGGUCACGACGUCAGUCGCGGGCGCGUAGGCUGCGGACGUCGCGCCGUGUGAGUCACGCGAUGGUGAGGCGACGCGCGGAGACGGUGCGUCGUCUCGCCGUCAUCCACACCGCUCUUCUUACUGGAUCCUUCAGUGACGAGGACGACGAUGAGGACGUGUCAUCGCAAGAGGAUGUUGACGCCGGCUCCCAGCAGGCGUUUCGACGUCCAAGGCAGGUUUUCUUGCGGGAGCGGCCGCGCUUUCGUGACCGCCAGGGCCACGCGCGCUGGUAUGGCGAAUGGGGUACGGGCUUCUGGCACCAGUACAUCGACCGCGAGAACGUCGAGAGCCAUCCGUUGCUGUUGGACGAGUUCGAGGAGAGAUUUCGAAUUCCUCACGAGUUGUUCUGCGAUUUCGAGGAUGAAAUGACGACAGCAGGGGUUUUCCGGAAGCGAACGAGAAGUGCGAGUGUGCCUCCUCGGCUAUUGCUCAUGGCGAGCUUCAAGCGUCUCGCGAGUGGUGCGCACUGGCCGACUAUAGCGGAGUGUGCAUUCGUGUCCGUACCUGUCCUCAGAGAGUUCUUCACGCGGAAGUUCGCCCCGUACUUCUCGAGUGACGCGUAUUACUCGAGGCACGUGCACUAUCCGAAAACACUGGACAGUAUACGCGCAACGGAGCGCGUGUAUCGCGCGCAGGGUUUUCCAGGUUGCGUCGGUAGUGUAGACGUUGUCCACAUGCCUUGGGAUGCUGCACCCGCUGUGACCAAUCGAAUGUUUUAUAACGGGCGCAAGGGUGCAGCAACGUACGCGAGUGUCGUCACAGUCGAUAAUGACUGCAUCGUGCUACACGCGACGCGUGUAGGUCCCGGGGCGUCGAACGAUAAAACUCUUAUCUUAGAUGAUGAGUACCACAACGCACUGCAAACAAACACGCUGUAUUCGGACUACGAGUAUGAUUUACUUGAUGUGUCUGGAAACACUGUCACGGCGAAAGGAGUGUAUACGAUAUGUGAUGGUGGUUUCAACACGCACUGUACGAAAAUGGCGACAAUCUCCGCCCCGACGGAGUUCGAGUAUGCAUGGAACGAGAGACUGGAGUCAGUGAGAAAAGAUGUUGAGAGGUGUUUUGGGCAACUGAAAAAACGAUUUCAAAUACUACGAAUACCGUCGCUUACUCGUGACUUCGAGCAAAUCAAAAAUACGUGGCGCACGUGUCUUGUUUUACACAACAUACUCACACGGCGACGGUUGUUGCGAGAUUACAACUCUCGGCUAGAGGCUGUGAAUGUGGGAGAUUUUGAAGAGCAAGAUGCCGCUGUGGUCCAGGUGUGGCACGAGCGUGACGUGGAGGACGCGGAAUAUUACGCGCAUCGUUUGGCUGAGCGGCGGGACAGAAACGCAGGACACCCUGCGGAAGUUGUCGAUGCCGUCGUACACACGGAUGACACAGCACUGGACAGGAGAAUAGCAAGGGCUCGAAUGAUUCAACGGACUACUUCGCACCUUGACGCUACGCGUGUAGAAGAGCUUGAAGCGUAUAGGACACGCCAGAACAGCUUGAUAAUUCAUUUCAACAGUCUUACAAAACUUGGUGGGGUAGACCACCUACAUGCCACUCGUCGAAGAGUAGUCUGGAGUGACAAUGGAGAGAUAGUACACUUGCAAUUCAGUCAGCGGUUUUCGCCCGGAAUUGCCAACUCGUCCGCUCUGAGGACCUGA